AUGGCCACUGGUUCACACGAGGUCUUGAGGGCGAACCUAGAUGUGCAGUUGAUGAAACAACUGCAAGACAACUGCAGUUUCUACGAGACCGCAACCGCCCCGAUCACCAAGGGUAUAUACUACAAGCUCAUGUGUCUGAUCCAGCUGGGGUUGUCUGAGGAUGCGAUGUUGCAUUUUGACAUCAAACCUCAUAAUAUUCUUCUUGAUGAUAAGUUCGUCCAAAAAAUAUCUGAUUUCGGGUUAGCAAAAUUAUGCACUGCAAACAAGGAGGCAGUGACAUUGACGGCUGCCAGAGGAACCAUCGGGUAUGUUGCUCCUGAACUUAUCAAUAGAAGCAUUGGCGCAGUGUCUUACAAGGCUGAUGCGUAUAGUUUUGGGAUGUUAUUGAUUGAAAUGAUAUACGACCACUUGAACCAAGGAAAGGACAUUGACAUUGGAUAUGUUAAGGAAAAUGAUGAUAGAAACAUUGGUCGGAAGAUGACUAUUGUUGCAUUAUGGUUCAUACAAAUGAGCCCAGACAAUCGCCCAUCAAUGAAUAAGGUGUUAGAGAUGUUAGAAGGUGAUGUCGCAGAUCUACAAAUUCCCAAUUAUCUAUCGUUUAUGGCAGGAAAUGAGGAAGAAAGCUGGGCUACAGAUUCAAAUGCUUCCAUAUCAUUGUUGCAUGAUAACAAUGAGAACAACAUUAUUGAGAUUAUUAGUAAUGCUUGA